AUGCUGAGCUUGGAGCAACUUGAUCUAUCUCACAACAAUCUUUCUGGUAAUAUCCCCAAGUCCUUGGAGGCACUUAAGUAUCUCACAUACUUGGACAUUUCUUUCAAUGAUUUACAUGGUGAAGUUCCUUCUUGUCGUCCUUUCAGAAACUGUUCAAGUAAAUCCUUCAUGUCUAAUGAGGGAUUAUGUGGUGAUCCUGUAUAUGGUCUUAGAUCAUGUCCUACUAGUAGACAAAAGAGAAGAAAACCGAUAAUUGCAGCUGUAGUUUCUUUGUUGGGGAUUACAUUACUAAUUUUAAUCAUCACAGCCUUGGCAAUAUAUGCAAUCGGAAGAUGCCAAAGAAAAUAUUUGGUGGAAAAUGGAGUAGACUUUGCACCUAGCCAUUUGCUUGGGACCGGGAGUUUAGGCUCUGUCUAUAGAGGGACUCUUAAUAAUGGAAGGGAUGUGGCAGUGAAGGUGUUCAAUUUGCAACAACAAAAUGCAUUCAAGAGUUUUGAUGUAGAAUGUGAAGUACUACGCAGCCUUCGCCAUAGGGAUUUGUGCAAAGUCAUUAGUACUUGUUCCAAUCCAGAUUUCAAGGCCUUGGUUCUUGAGUACAUGUCUAAUGGAAGCCUUGGGCAGUGGUUGUAUUCAGAUGACUAUGUGUUGGAUAUUUUGCAGAGAAUUAACAUAAUGACAGACCUAGUAUAUGUGUUCGAAUAUCUGCACUAUGGCUACUCAACGCCUAUUGUUCACUGUGAUUUGAAGCUAAGUAAUGUUUUGCUAGAUGAAGAUUUGGUUGCCCACUUGAGUGAUUUUGGAAUUGAUAAGUUAUUAGGUGAAGGAGAAAGCAAUGCAUACACUACAACCCUGGGAACAUUGGGUUAUAUUGCACCAGAGUAUGGAUUGGAAGGAUCGGUGUCAAUAAGAUGUGAUAUUUAUAGCUUUGGCAUUAUGUUAAUGGAAGUAUUUACACGAAUGAAACCAAGCGAUGAAAAGUUCUCAGGAGAUUUAAACCUAAGGAGCUGGAUAAAUGAUUCUAUGCCUUAUGCAAUUACUUGGAUUAUAGAUUCAAAGUUGUUGGGGGCCAAAAGAGCACAACACAAUGAAGUUGAGAUGUUUGUCAUCUGUAAUGGAACUUGCUUUAAAUUGCUCCAUGGAGAGUGCCAGUGAGAGGGUGAACAUGAAAGAAGUUGUAACAACAUUGAAGAAUAUCAAAUUUCAACUCCUUUCUUAACAACA